AUGGUGAUCCCGGGUGGAGUGGAGCUGGUGGGAGGAGCAGCGGCGGCAGGGGGCGGGCUAGGCGGUGGCUGGGGGCGGGGGCAGGAAGGCCGACGCGGCGGGGGUAGGAAUGCCGAUGCGGCGGUGGCGGUUGUCGACGGGGAGAGCGGCGGCGGGGGUCGGGCCGGGCGGUGGUUGGCGACGAGGGCAAGAAGGCCGGCACUGCGGCGAUGGCUACAAGGGGCCGCAGAGGGCAGUCGGCGAGGGCCAGAGUGGCUGGCGAGGGCCGUAGGGGUCGGACUGAUAGGUCCGGCAAGCCGUAUGGCAGCCAGACUGUCAGGUCCGGUAUCGUGCGAGAGACCCCAAAAGCAUUUUCGUGCCCUCUUUUUUUAA